AAUGUCAUCCACUUGUGUUGCAGGUGCCUCCCAGAGUCUCCCAGGUGGCUGAUAUCUCAAGGAAAAAAUGACAAAGCUAUGAAAAUUGUCAGUGAUAUAGCUAAAAAAAAUCAGAAAAAGUUGCCUUCCCAUUUUGAGGAUAUUAAAUUUGAGGAGGAAGAUUAUGGAAAGCAGAAUCCUUCACUAAUUGACCUUGUCAGAACACCACAGAUAAGAAAAAACACACUCAUUUUGAUGUACAACUGGUUCACAAGUUCUGUCCUCUAUCAGGGGCUCAUCAUGCUCAUGGGAGUAGCUGCUGGGAACAUGUAUCUGGAUUUCCUCUAUUCUGCACUUGUUGAGUUCCCAGCUGCCUUCAUCAUCAUCGUCACUAUUGACCGUGUUGGGCGGCGCUACCCCUGGGCUCUGUCAAACCUGGUGGCUGGCGCCGCCUGCCUUCUCACAGCCCUGAUCCCUGACGAUAUACAUUGGUUAAAGAUGAUUACCGCUUGCAUCGGGAGAAUGGGAAUUACAAUGGCUUUUGAAAUGGUUUGCUUUGUAAGCACUGAACUGUAUCCAACAUACAUCAGGAAUCUCGGGGUGAUGAUUUGCUCCUCCUUGUGUGAUGUUGGUGGAGUCAUCGUCCCAUUCAUUGUCUACAGACUGGUGGAAGUCUGGCAUGAUCUGCCACUGAUCGUCUUCACUAUUCUUGGUUUGACUGCGGGUGGAUUGGUGUUGCUUUUGCCUGAAACAAAAGGAAGGGUUUUGCCUGAGACUGUGGAGGAUGUUGAAAACUUUCACAGGCAAAGUGCUUCAAAGGGCAACAAAAUCUAUAUCCAUGUCAAAACCCCAGAACAUAACUGAAGCAGGUGCAACUCUUGCCAGGUAGUCUGCUUUAGGGCAGUAGCAUGGAAAGGUAAACUGGAAUAAAUACUCUUUCAAAAGUC